AUGUCAUUAUUAUGACUACGUAUCUCAUCAUUAUGAUUUAGUAUCUCAUUAUUAGGAAACAAAAGGGAGCAAGACACAGGUAAGCUAAAAAAAAAAGGACCAGAGGAGGUCGUGCAAAGUCAGUGAGUCAACUGUUACAAAACUGUUGCCUCAUAGAGGAAGAUUUAAACUGUGGAUUACAGAGAUGGCACAGACUUCUGCUGUCGUCCUCCUGUCCAGUUCUCCUGGACAGUUCUCAGCUCCUGCUCUAACUCUGCCACCAUUUAACAAGAAACCCAUCAGCUCAUAUUUCUAAGACAAAGCAGUUGAGGAAAGAAAAUAGACCCAAUUGAAUUUUUUGCUCCCACGAAACAAUCGUUGUUGAUUUUGUUGGCCGAGUCCGUGGUUUAAGCCUCAGAGGCUUGUCGGAUCUUCAAUGUGGGAUUCCCGCCAAACAUGUCAAAGACCUGGCUUAUCUCACACAAUAGUGCACGUAACCCAGUUAUAUUUAAGACCAGGUGUCAGCCCACAUGUCCCCCCUCGCUAUUUGUUUCCUGCGGGUGGGACUGCCAGGCAUCUGAGAACAGGACACACCUCAUUAUAAAAACACCAGAAAAGUCUGAGCCAUCACUGAGAGCUGCUAACAUACCUCACAGAGUGAUGAACACUUAUGAAGAAUAUAGCGAAGAGGAGCUCAAUGACUACAACAUCCAGCUGAGUAUCCAAGACUCCUGCCAGGAUGCCUUUUUAAAAUCUGCAGCCAGUCUAGCAGCAGUGACAGAUGAAAAUCUGAGAGUCCUGGCUGCCAUUGAGCAAGGUGAGGUGUCAGUGCUCAGGGAGAUGCUGAGACAUACCUUCGCCUUCAGGGAGGUGGACAGUCGGGGCUGGCUUCCCCUCCACCGAGCGGCAUCGCAGCCGGUGUUAGAGGUUCUGGAGACUGUCUUGAGAUCAGCUCAGGAGCUCAGCCUGGAGGAGAGGACAGCUGUGGGCGGAGACACACCGCUGACACUGGCAGUUAAAGCCGAAAUGGCACCGAACGUGAAGACCCUGCUGGAGCGCGGGGCCUCGCCGCAUAACACCAACAGCAAGAAUGAGUCACCGCUGCUGCUGGCCGUGAGGGUCGGCUCUUGCGAGAUGACAUCCACUCUGGUGGCUCACGGCGCGUGGGUAGAGCAGGUUUGUCGAAAGAGGUGGACAGCAAUGCACGAGGCGGCCAAAGUCGGCAACGUUGACAUCCUCAUGCUGCUGCUGAGGAACGGUGGGCGAGUGAACCAGAAGGAUGUGACGGGGGUGACGCCGCUCGCUGUGGCUGCAGAGCACGGACACUUCCACAUCACUGAGAUUCUGCUGAACUGUGGUAGCAGAGUGAACUCUCAGGCCAUGAACGGGGAAAGUGUCCUCCUGGAUGCAGCGGGGUCGGGAAACACGGCGUGCAUUCAGCUGCUGCUGGACAACGGGGCCGACCCAAACCUGCCCAGCAUCACCGGACACCUGGCCAUCCACAAGGCGGCUUAUGCCGGACAUUAUGAUGCCCUGAAGAUGCUGAUACCUCUGACCACAAGAAAAGCCAUUAAAGAAGCCGGUCAGAGUCCAGUCCACUCUGCAGCAGACGGAGGACAGAGGCGCUGCCUGCAGCUCCUGCUGGCCCACGGCUUCGACGUCAACUACCGCAUGAACACCAGAAACUCGGAAAACUACCGGGACAUGAGGAGGAGCGCUUUGUAUUUCGCUGUCUCCAAUGGCGACGUGGACUGCACCAGGAUCCUGCUGUCAGCCGGAGCAAAGACAGACCUGGAUCCAUUGUCCUGCCUCUUAGUGGCUGUCCGGUCCGGCCGCUACGAGAUCGUGAAGCUGCUGCUGGCGGCCAAAGCAGACGUGAACUGCUACUUCACGGUGGUGAGCGACACGGUGUUUCCCACAGCGUUGCAGUACUGUCUGAAGGACGAGGUGAUGAUGAGGCUGCUGCUCAACAACGGCUACAGGGUGGACACGUGCUUUCGCUGUCACCAUGACAGCGGUUUUGAUGCCAUCGAUGACGUGGAGGGGAAAAUCCCUUUCUGCGAGUUCAUGAGUCUCUGCUGCCUCAUGCAUCUGUCCGGGAGCGCGGUGCUGAUUCUGCUGGACUAUGUCAGCCAUGUCAACAUUUGCUCCAAACUCAGACGCAUCCUGGAGAGACAGAGAGAGUGGCCAGACAUUUGUGAAAUCCUCAGUGAGUUUAUUCAUCACACUGCAGUAUUUUAGCCUCAUUACUGCUUCAGUUACUUGAAGAGAUAAUGAUGUGGAAGUUGUUUGAUCUCUCCAUCACUUGCUCUGCAGCUACAAUGUACACUGCACCCUGUAGGGGGCACUGGUGUACCUAUUCUGCUUGAUCCUCUCAGUCGUGUGAUUGAUGAAUAAACUAAAGUGAUGUUCUGAAACCUUGCUCUCCAGACAGUCCUCGCUCCCUCAAGCAUCUCUGCAGACUGGAGGUCAGGAGGUGUUUGACC